AAUUAUAUAAUUUUCAAAGAGUGAUUGAUUUUAAGGUCUAGUCCACCUGAAUAUUUGGUUUUCAAAACUUGCAUAAGCAUGUUUGGUGUUGAACUUUUUCUCAUUGUUUACAAAUGAUUUCAAACAUUCGCAGAAUUAAUUUUUUGAUAAACUGAAAAGGAUUUAACAAAAUAAAGAGCAAGGUUUUAAAAAAUGAUGCUUACAAAGGUAUCAAGGCUCAAAUGAAACAGCUAUUAAAAAGAAUGGCGUUCUCUUAUAUGCUCUUUUUAAUUGUUUGUGCGUUCUCUAAGUCUUUUGCAUAUUCGGAAAAAAAUAGUUAUAAUUAUGAUUAUGAUGAAAUUUAUAAAGAUUAUCCAGAAUUAAAUAAUGAAUUGAUAUUAAAGAGAGGUUUGUCAAGGUACCCAAACGUUAAUAAGAAAUUUGCAAUCCAAAGGAGCAUAGAUAGAUUUGGACCACCAUUCCAAGAAUAUCCUCCAACUAAGUACGGUAAUGAUCAGAGGAUCAAUAAUUUCCAAAAUCAAAGAACUUUUCCCAAUAAAAAAUACUAUAAUAAUCGUAUGCCAAAUCCUGCGUAUCGUGAUCAAAUAUACGGUAAUCAAUUUCGAAUGCGUGAUCAAACUGAAAAUUUCCCACCCGGUAAAGGAGAUUUUCCGUCUGAAAAGGAAAAUUUUCCUCCUGAAAAUGAAAAUUUUUCACCUGAAAAUGAAAGUUUUCCACCCGGUAAAAGAAAUUUUCCUCCAGAAAACGAAAAUUUCCCACCUGAAAAUGAAAAUUUUCCUCGCGAAAACGAAAGCUUUCUUCCUGAAAAUGUUCCUCCUGAAAAUGAUAAUUUCCCUCGUGAAAACGAAAAUUACCUUCCUGAAAUUGAAAAUUUCCCUCCCAAAAACGAAAACUUCUCUCUGGAGGAUGAAAACUUCUCUCCUGAAAACCAAACUGAAACAGAUCCAGCCCUGCCUGAAACUGAAGUGCUAAUUAAAACUUCUGCUGCAACGACAGCAUCUUCUGUUACUACUAAGUCAGCUAAAAGAGCUGCAGAUAAUUCAAAACUUUCUAAACGUCAACGUUCCACGAACGUCAGAAAUAUCGAAUUCAAAAGACCAGAUAGUUUGGGUAAGUGGUUCGAUAAGGAGAUGUCCGAUGUUGAGCCCGAACGAUACGGGAAUACCGAUAAACCUAAAGCUGUGGAAAGCCGCGAAACAAAGUCGGUGAAAAAAUCAUCACGUAAUAGUAAAAAAAAAUCACAAGAAACAGAUGAUCAAAGCCAGGAUGAUCCCAUAAAAAUGUGGGAAAACACACGCAGAUAUUCACACCUGAAAAGAUUCGCUCCACAUCCUAAUUCUGAAAUUUCACCGAUGAAUACAUAUAGGCAGAAAAAUAUGAAUGAUAUAGGUUACAAAAGAAAUGUUGAUAUAGGAGCCGAUAAUGUACCAAUGGAUUAUCCAGAUUUAAAUGAAAUCCCGGGAGCUUUAGACUCGCUUGGGUCAAAUGAGGAUGACUAUGGUUUAUUGCCGAAUUCUCAACAAGAGUCUGUCCCUCAGAAUACAUUUGGUAAUGAAAGACAAUUCCGUAAUAACCAUCAGAAUUCCAGACCUGCACUCAGAGAGGCUCCAGCAAACCAAUUUCAAACUUUGUCUAAUGUAGCGGACACCGCUCCGAAAAAUAUAGUAGUCACAGUAGUAGCACCGUUGCAAGAAAGCAACAAAGAGAAAUCUAACCUGAUAGAUAAAACUAAUGAAGUGCUCUCAAAAGAAGUUUUAAGAUCACCAAACGUGGAAGAGAAAAUGCAGAGAGUGGUGGAAAAUUUCAGAACUAAGAAAACUCUUGUUAACGAUAAGAGGUUGCAGCAAGAGACUAGCGUUAUCGAAAACGAACAGCAGAAAGUCAACGAUAAUGUCCAUGUUAAAACUGAAGAUAAAUCUCAAAAUAAAACUGAAACUGCAACCGAAACGACUACAACUUACACCACUUUGCCACAAGAUCAGUAUGACAAACAUUUCUUACCACCCGAUCAUGAGUUGCAUAACAAAAACUUCUUGCCUGAUGAAAAUUUCUUACCACCUGGUCAAGAGCUGCCAAAUCCAGACUAUGAUACACCACCAGGAAACAUUGCCCCUCAUGAAUCUCCAUAUGGUAGAAUGAGACAUAUUCAAAUAGAUGAAGGAAUACCACAGACAGAUGAUGAGAACACAGACACACAGAGUAAGUAUGACCCGAAACCGAUUAGUUUUAAAGAUGGAGAAAUGGUCGUAAUAACAACUGCCUCACCAAAUGCAGCGCCAGUGAUCCAAAGCUCUGAAGUGGAUGAUCAGUCUGCAACUGUGAGUGAUGGCACUGGAAUCGGUGGAAGUAACGAGUCCACAACUGACCUAUUCAACGUAAGUAUGCCAGACAUAUACCUCAAAGAAGAGAAGGUGGAGAAACAAUCGAAAACGUUACUCAGGAGCAAAGAGGCUUACAGAAAUAAGACGGCUGUCGUUAAGGGGCAGCGAAAAUCGGAAAUUAAGAACAACAAAGAAAGCUUCCAUGAGGUUUUCGUUGAAGAGAAGGGAGAGGACAAGUAUCCAAGCCGCGUUGAGGACGUUGGAAAAGACGAGAAAAAAUCGGCUGGUUUUCAAAACAGAAAAACAUUUUCUGAUCACAUGCAAAGUCAAAACGGCAAAACACGAGAUCAGUACCCAGAUAGUGGACCUCGAGGAUCUCCGAGAGAAAGGCAAAAUAAUCCCGAUGAUUACAGCAGCGAUUACCAAGGAGGAGAAAAUACGAAUAGAGAUAAAGUUUCUGACUACAGUUACCAAGAUGAUCCAAGUUAUGGAGAUGUGAAGAGAGGAGACAGGUUCAUAGAUAAUACUGCUCGAAAAAGUGAUCCUAGGUUGCAGAGAGAAUCAAUAAAUGAGAACAUGGUGAAUUCUGAUGAAGAUGAUUCAAAUGAAAUUAAUGUCCAAAGUAAUAUUCAAAGUCGUGCUGCUGGCAACGUCGUAUAUUUUCCACCCACAACAACUACCCCUCAGUAUAAUGAUUUUCUGCACGUAAGGGAAGUGAAAAGUUCUUCAGUUCGGCGGCGACAUCUUCAUAACGAACGGCCUUGAACUGCUUUCGAAUUCAAGAGAUCGUUACAUUUCCAUUAAAAGCAAGAAAAAGAAUGAGUUUCAUUUUCUUCAUACAAGAGCAAUGAAAGAAUCUGCAAUAUUUAGACUAGAUAAGAAUUUGUAGAUGACUGAUAUUUCCUAAAUAAGAACACUUAUAUAAGAGAAAAUAUUUGGCGCUGAUUACCCUAGUAGAAUCUAUUUCAACCAUUUUGUUUAUCCCAGUUAAUUAUUUACUUUUCUCUUUCUGUAAUUAUUUGUGAAUAAAUCAACUUUGCAAUUCUG